UUGUUUUAGCACAAACGGAUGAGGCAAUUGUCGACGGGUUUUUCAGCCGCGGUGGACACACCAACAACUGGGCCGUCUUGGUUUGCACAUCACGGUUUUGGUUUAAUUACAGACACAUAGCAAAUACCCUAUCAAUUUAUCGUACGGUGAAACGCCUUGGCAUUCCGGAUUCCAACAUCAUUCUAAUGUUAGCCGACGAUGUCGCGUGCAAUCCGCGAAAUGUUUUUCCCGCAACCGUUUUUAACAACGCCGGAAGGUAUUUGGAUCUGUACGGAGAGAACGUCGAAGUAGACUACCGAGGAUACGAGGUAACCGUGGAAAAUUUUAUUCGAGUUCUAACAGGCAUGUUCUGUCGUGUUGCACCCGACACGCCUCGGUCCAAACGUUUGCUAUCCGAUGAUCGAUCAAAUAUUCUAGUAUAUAUGACUGGUCAUGGUGGUAACGAAUUCCUAAAAUUCCAGGAUGCCGAAGAGAUCAGCAGUUUUGAUUUGGCCGAUGCCUUUGAACAAAUGUGGGAAAAACAAAG